CACACCGCAGAGAAGCGGGGAGAGAGAAGACGAAGGAGAUAGAGACACAGAGAGAGGGAGAUAGAGGAAAAUAAUAUGAUUAAUUUGUCAAAGGCGAACUUCCGCUCGCGCUGACGUUCGAGCCCAGGUGCGCGGUUCACUUUGUGGACCGUGAGCCGACGGUGUCGCGGCAACAGGGGCGCGUGGCGCUUGUGUAACCUCGCGGAGCGUCGACGCUCGUCUUCCGCCGCCUGGUCGUUUCAGCACCGGACAGCGACACACCGGCGAGCCGAGACGCGUCGAACCAGGAAGGGGGGGAAACCCUGAGGUUGAGCGAGCCUCCCCCCUUCCGCCACCCCCACCAACCACACAACAACGCAGCCCGUCCGACCCUCGGUUGGCUCGAGGGUUGGGGAGGGGGUUGCCAAUGCGCGGCUAGAUGACUCCGCCACAUCAACAAGCGCCACGGUAGUCCUGGACUAAUAAUACAGCAGCGCCACGUCCCCUCUUCUUCUUCUUCCUCCUCCUCCUCCUCCUCCCUCCCCUCACCUCCCUUCUGUCUCCAUUCGCUGAUUCCAAGUCCUCCUGACUAAAGGCACCAUGGGAAAUCGUGGCAUGGAGGAUCUGAUCCCGCUGGUCAACCGGUUGCAGGAUGCCUUCAGCUCCAUCGGCCAGGCCUGCAACCUGGACCUGCCGCAGAUCGCGGUGGUCGGCGGGCAGAGCGCAGGCAAGAGCUCCGUGCUGGAGAACUUCGUCGGCAGGGACUUUCUGCCCCGGGGUUCUGGUAUCGUCACUCGCAGGCCUCUGGUUCUGCAGCUCAUCAGUGCAAAUGCCGAAUGGGCUGAAUUCCUCCACUGCAAGGGGAAAAAAUUCACCGACUUCGACGAGGUGCGCCAAGAGAUUGAGGGCGAGACCGAUCGGGUUACGGGGGCCAACAAAGGCAUAUCUCCUGUCCCCAUCAACCUGCGGGUUUACUCCCCUCACGUGUUGAAUCUGACCCUCAUCGACCUGCCGGGAAUCACCAAGGUGCCAGUUGGAGACCAGCCUGUGGACAUCGAGCAGCAGAUCAGGGACAUGAUCAUGCAGUUCAUCAGCAGAGAGAGCUGCCUGAUCCUGGCCGUCACCCCUGCAAACACCGACCUGGCCAAUUCUGACGCCCUCAAACUGGCGAAGGACGUCGACCCCCAGGGUUUAAGGACCAUUGGAGUGAUCACCAAACUAGAUCUGAUGGAUGAGGGAACGGACGCCAGAGACGUUCUGGAAAACAAACUGCUGCCGCUACGAAGAGGAUACAUUGGCGUGGUCAACCGCAGUCAGAAGGACAUUGAUGGCAAGAAAGACAUCAAGGCGGCUUUGGAGGCUGAGAGGAAGUUCUUCCUGUCCCACCCCAGUUACAGGCACAUGGCCGAAAAAAUGGGCACCCCUCGCCUACAGCAAGUGCUCAACCAGCAAUUGACCAACCACAUUCGGGACACCCUGCCAGCUUUCCGCAGCAAGCUGCAGGCCCAGCUGUUGGCUCUAGACAAGGAGGCGGAGGAAUACCGGGGAUACCGGCCCGAUGACCCAUCUCGCAAAACCAAGCAGCUGUUGCAGAUGGUGCAACAGUUCUCUGUUGAUUUUGAGAAGAGGAUUGAAGGCUCCGGGGAUCAGGUGGACACGGUGGAGCUGUCUGGUGGAGCGAAAAUCAAUCGCGUCUUUCAUGAGCGCUUCCCUUUUGAACUCGUCAAGAUGGAGUGUGAUGACAAGGAAAUGCGGCGUGAGAUCAGCUACGCCAUCAAGAACAUUCAUGGUAUCAGAACUGGGCUUUUCACCCCUGAUAUGGCGUUUGAGGCUAUAGUGAAGAAGCAGAUUGUGAAGCUGAAGGAGCCUUGCAUCAAAUGUGUGGACAUGGUCAUCCAAGAGCUGAUCAACACCGUGCGCCAGUGCUCCAACAAGCUGGAAUGCUUCCCGAGGCUCCGCGAGGAAACCGAGAGGAUCGUCACCUCUCACAUCCGGGACAGGGAGAGUCGCGCCAAGGACCAGGUCCUGCUGCUGAUUGAUCUGCAGCUCUCCUACAUAAACACCAACCAUGAGGAUUUCAUUGGCUUUGCUAGCGCUCAGCAGAGGAGCAGUCAGACUAACAAGAGCCAGAGUUCAGCAGGAAAUCAGGUCAUCCGUAAAGGCUGGCUGACCAUCAACAACAUCAGCAUCAUUAAGGGAGGAGCCAAGGAGUACUGGUUUGUGCUCACUGCCGAGAGUCUCUCAUGGUUCAAGGACGAUGAGGAGAAGGAGAAGAAGUACAUGCUGCCCCUGGACAACCUGAAGGUCCGCGAUGUGGAGAAAAGUUUCAUGUCCAGCAAACACAUAUUCUCCAUCUUCAACACAGAAUCCAGGAACGUCUACAAGGACAAUCGCACUCUGGAGUUGGCCUGCGACUCCCAGGAUGACGUGGACAGCUGGAAGUCGUCCCUCCUCCGUGCCGGGGUCUACCCUGACAAGACCACCACGGUUGAGAGCGAGACGACCACCACCACCGACAACUUCUCCAUGGACCCUCAGCUGGAGCGCAAAGUGGAAACCAUCCGCAACCUGGUGGAUUCCUACAUGGCUAUUGUCAACAAGUGCAUCCGGGAUCUCAUCCCAAAGACCAUCAUGCAUCUGAUGAUCAACAAUGUGAAGGACUUCAUCAAUGCCGAGCUGCUGGCGUGCCUGUACUCUGCAGGUGACCAGAACGCCCUGAUGGAUGAGUCCCAGGAGCAGGCCCAGAGGAGAGAUGAGGUUCUGAGGACCCACCAGGCCCUGAAGGAGGCCCUGGCCAUCAUAGGUGACAUCUCUACAUCCACCAUCACCACCCCCAUGCCUCCGCCUGUUGACAACUCCUGGGUGGGAGGCUCCACCGGCGGUCGCAGGUCUCCUCCUCCGAGUCCCACGGCCCCCAGGAGAAUGUCUUCGGGCCAACGGCCGGCGCCCAGAGGGGCCCCUCCGCCACCAAACCGUCCAGGACCUUUGGGACCCUUCAAUAACAGUGCUGAUAGCCCCCAGGCACCCAGCCGCCCCAACAGGGCCCCCCCUAGCAUCCCUAGCCGGCGACCACCGCCGUCUCCUACAAGACAAGCCCCGCCAUAAUCACCCAUUUCCCUUCGUCCACUCCCCUCCUGUCUCCCGUCCUUCUCUCUUAGCCAUGGCUCUGCUGUCCUCGUCUCUCCUUAGCGAAGACGCCCGCCGAAGUCUUUGACCCCUUCAACCUCAGUUUCCUGCCAGGUGAAGACGUCCAUAUGUUUAUGUACAGUACGGUACUCGUCUUGUGGUGUAUGUGUACGUGCGCUUGUUGCUCGCCUGUGAUCCAGGUUCGCUUAGCAGGUCCACUACCCUGAAACACCUGCCCUCCCUCCCCCUCUCCGACCUACAACCCCGACGGUUCAACCAACACCCCCAGUCGCUGCUUCUACAUUUAAAAAAAAAAAAACAACAGAAAAAAAAACAAAUAAAAAAUAGGCUCAGCAGUCAUACUGCCCUACUCAUUCCAAAACGCAGCAUGCCACAUAAGCUGCUUUUAUUGCAUGGGAGUGUAUGCGUGUGUGCGGGUGUGUUUUUUGUGUGUAUGUGUGUGUUUUUGGGGGAGGGAUUAAUUUGCCUAUAUGUAGGCUGAGUUUGAUUUAGUAUUGUAUUAAUUUAUUGCAUAAUGCCCCGCCCCCUCUCCCCCACUGAGUGUGAAUGUUCUCUUAGGAACAGAAAUUGUAUCUUAGUACAAGUGCGUGUAAGCGUGUGUUUUUCUUUUUGUUUGUUUCUUUCUGUGUGAAUAAUACAUUGUACAUGUGAAUGCGUGUGUGUGUUUGUGUGAGGACACGUGUGCAUGUGUCGUCUCUGCACGUUUGUUGGCGUUUCAGUUCUGUUUGUUUUCACUGUCAAAGCUGUUGAUGAUGAAUCAUAUAUAUAUAUAAAAAACAAGCAAAACAAACAACCCUGCUGGGGGAACAUUCAGUGUUUGACUUUUGUGAGUUGUUCCUGUGUUGUAGUAGCAGCCAUACACGCAUAGCAAGGCUGAGGAGCACCAUCGAUAUUCUCUAUAUGGACAAACAGCCUCGACAACACGUUUAACCUCGUCAUAGGUGUCCACCUGUGCUGUAUCCAUGGUCAGAUUGUGACCCCCGAACCGAAGGGCCUCAAGCUCCCAUUCAGAUGCUGACUGGAAGUGAAGCUUUGGUUAAAACUAACAAUUACACAAAAAUACAAAGGCAGAACAACGUACUAUAGACGCUCCAUUCAUCUACACUCUUAAAACUGCUGGAUUUAAAACAAGCUCAAUACUUUCUCGGAGUUGAUUUAACAACAACGGUUGGUUAUGGGUUUGUACCAGCAUUAAUUUGACCCAGAAUAUGUUAAAAGUACUGCUGUCGAGCGAUUUAAGAAAUGGAAUUAAAUGAAUUGUACGCUAGCGCUUUGAUUAAUCACGAUUGAAAUGUAAAAAUCCACGUCAUCAUAAAAACUUUAAAGAAAAUCUAUUAUUGUCUAAAACCAAAACGUUAGUGAGCUUGUUUUUUUUUUUUUAACUCAACAGAGUGACAUUAAUAUUAUAAUGCAGCAUAACGUUACCAUUUAUUUUAUCGUUAAAUCUGGUCAGACUGCUGUUCAGUUCAAAAUGCCGGUCUGUGAAGAGUGAUGAGCCUCCUGCUCGCUUAACCCAGCAAACUUGGUCUUGAUGCCAGGCCCGGUGUUUGGCUAAAGCUACCCAGUUUCUAUGUCUUAACAGCAACAUUUCUGCUUAAGAAGUUAGCCGGCUGUUUUCAGAGUGGCUCCAUAGAGGAUUACUGGAGGGGGAUUAGAGUCUAUUCCGAAUGUCAUUGGGUUCCCUCCAGUUAGCCUUUUUCUCAGGUCUGACCCAAACGUUUAUACCCAUCACAAACUUCCCCUCCUGGUUUUGCCCACUCGUUGUUCCCGCUCAAAACCCAGACCACGCUCCGUCAGCAUUUGUAUCAGAGCUUAAGGUCGUGUUGUCAGUGUUCAAGUGCUUCUCUGUCACUUUGUUAUUGUGUAUGUAAGCCUCAGCUGUUUUCUGAUGUAUAUAGGUAAUGAUAAGGACAUAGUGUACCAGUGGACUCUACAGACCUCGUCAAGAACCCUAGCGCUUUAAUCGUUCUCUUUGUCUGUAUUCACUAUAUUCUCUCCUCUCUCUAAUUUAGACUGCCUUAAAGGCAUGGAUUAUAAUUAUUUAUUGCCAAAGUUAAACACAGAAGGAGAAUUGUGAAGUGAAGAAAAAAAACAGAAGAAAUGAAGCUAGAUUCCAGUUGAUGUGUUGUUCAAUUUGAACGUGUUGUUCAAUUUGGAAAUGCACAAGUUGUUAAUUUUCUGUGUCUGUAUCGCUUCUCAAUAAACUUCUUCCUCAUAAUGUC